UAUGCAAAAUUCGAAAGAGAGAUCUGCUCGAUCGGAGAUGGAAAGCGAGAAGCAGAUCAACGGCGUUAGCUUCUUCCAGAUGCCGCUUCAUUAUCCCAGGUACACCGUGAAGGACUACAUGGACAUGCCGGAAUGGAAGCUCGACAGGCUUCUGGCCGAAUACGGCUUGUUUGCUGAUGGUGAUUUGGAUUAUAAGAGAGAGUUUGCCAUGGGUGCUUUUCUUUGGCCUGAUCAUUUGCAUGCUAAGCAGCAGCCUUUGCCUUAUUAUGGUUAUUAAGCAUCUUU